AUGAUUUAGGAAAGAAUAACAGCACCAGAAGAAAUUAUUUUUAGGAAAAUAAUUAAUUAUUACUUACAACUUUAGAUGUAAGAAUAUAUAUACUUAUAAAUUAUAAUUAUUCAAAUAUAUUAUUUAGAAUAAUAAAUAUUUUGGAGAAAUAUCGUUUUUUAGUAGUUAAUAAAGAACAGCAUCAGCAAGAAGUGCAGACUUUACUAAUCUAUUUUUUUUAGAUUAGGCUGA